AUGUACGGCAACCUCGAAUAUACCAAGAAGUCCAAGCCUGGUGCGGUCGGCGAAGACAUGCCAGGGGCGAUGAAAGGUGCAAGGGAUCAUGAAGGCGCGAUUUCCGGCAACUACAAGGGCCGCCCGCGCAACGCCGAUCCCAAUUUUCCUUGUAAGUUUUCGGCUUUGUUUCACUUAUUGUUUUCAGAUCGUCCGAGCGAUUUUAAGACUCCUUUUCCCCUUUUUUGUUUUCAGAUCGUCCGAGCGGUGAGGACGCUAAGUCCGUGUCACAAUGGACCAAGGAGCACAUGAAAAAGAGACGUGAGGAAGCCCGAGAACAAAAGAAAAACUAA